GAGAACAGAAGAGGAGGAAGAAGAAAUCAAGGGUAAAAUAGUCUUCACAACCCAAUUUUUCUCCCCAAAAGCACCGGAAAACAAAAUCCUAGGGUGUAGCUCGGAUUUUGUAUUCCUCUCAAAUGAGGAAUUGUAGUUCCAAUGGAAAACAAGUUCUAGUGAACCAAACAUCAGAAAAUUACAAUUUCGGAACCUACUUCCCGUGGAAGUGCACUUCCGGCCAACUUCCUGCCAACCAAACAUGGCCUUAUAUUUUGUGGAAUUUUAUUUUUUUGCAUAUUUGGAUUCUCAAUUUUCAGAGAUGGAUGAGGAAACGUCGAAUUCAGCACGUCGAAUGUCGACAAGAUCUCGUAAGGUUGCUCCGAAAAUGGCUGCUGCGCUUGCAAGCUCCGACAAUCGAACACAGGCGAUUUUGGCUCGCCUGGAUGCUUUGGAAAGUGACAAUGCUGUGCCGGAGCCGGUGCAACUUGAUGACGAUGAUGAAGCCUCUCUUGAUGACGAUGAUCAAGGUUCAUUUUCUCGUGUUUUCUGUUAG